CGAACGUGAACUGCGCGCGCUCCCGAAAGCGGAUCCGCAUUGUUCCUUGCUGAGCUCAAGAGCCAAGCAACAGUGCAGAUCGCCUUUAUCGCUCUUCUGGCAACAACUUUGAAGAAAAAAAUGCCUUGCACACGCUCCAAGAGUGCAGCAGCCCAGCCUCCCUCCACUAGGAUGAAUUUGAGGAGCUUCCGCAACGUCCCCCAGGUUACCAUGGAGACGUCCUCUUCUUCCGACGACAGCUGUGACAGUUUUGGCUCUGAUGGGGGCUUUGCAAACACGAGGAGGGGCUCCCGGACGCCGAGGAGGUCGCCUGUCAAACUGAACACUCUGAAGGCCCCUGCAGAGGAAGAUGCAUGCACUGGGUUUGAGGAUGAUCUCAUCAACACUCAGAUGGAAGCAAUGAAAGUAGAUCCCGAUUCUCCACCUGCUAGACGUGGAAGCAGGUCUAACCUUUUGAAAGUGGCCUUUGCUUUCCCCACCAAGAAGGCGGGCUCCAAGAGGCCGGCGUCUCAACCCCUCCUCCCUACUCAAGAACUGAACUCUGAUGAGGAAGAGAAUUUUAUGAGCAAGAGAGCCCUAAAUAUUAAAGAGAACAAAGAAAUGCUCACUCAGCUGAUGGCAGAGCUCAACAAAGUACCUGGAUUUUUCCCCAAGUCGAUGACAUCUGCAUCACCAACGGCUCGACGUGCUCCUCGGCGCUCCAUGCCGGAAACUUUGAGGAGGAGCUCGCAGCGGGUGUCUCGGCCCCACACUCGUUCUCGCACGCUAGUGGAAGGGCCGCCUAGCCCGACACCAGAAGAGGAAGAACCGGAGGACAAGUUCAGCCUGGUGCGACGAAGCCGCUACUACGAAGAAGUGGACGAGUCGGUUCGCCGCCGUUCAUGCAACGCCAAAAAGGCCAUACCUCACGUGGUGCGACCCGUGGAUGAGGUCACCGAGGAUGAGCUUGCGCGCAUUUGCGACAACGUGAGGGAGAAAGUGUACAACACCCUCUCUGGAACCACUUGUCACCAGUGCCGCCAGAAAACAGUGGACACCAAAACCAACUGCCGCAAUCCAAACUGCGUCGGCGUCCGGGGUCAGUUCUGCGGCCCGUGCCUUCGGAACCGCUACGGUGAAGAAGUGCGAGACGCACUGCUGGACACGGAAUGGCGCUGCCCGCCGUGCCGGGGCAUCUGCAACUGCAGCUUCUGCCGCGCCCGUGAAGGUCGCUGUGCCACCGGAGUCCUGGUCUAUCUGGCUAAAUAUCACGGCUUUGACAAUGCUCACGCCUACCUAAGAAGCUUGAAGAAAGAGCUGGAAGGGGUUAGUGAGUGAUGAGCAGCCAAAGGAGACGCUGGACAACCAACUUUGACACUUUUUUUGCCGCCAGAUUCUCUUUUAAUUGUUGGACUUGCAUUUGAAAUGAUCAUCUGAGCAAAUUUUUAUUAAUUGCCGUCUUAUUGAUCACUGUGAAUUGCCUUUCUGGCAAUAUUAGAUUAAACCCACACUUGUUUUUACAGUUCAAGAAACACAAACAUUUACUGUACAGCCGAGCCUCGGUUUUCGAAUGUCCCGGUUCUCGAAAAAAUCGUUAUUCGAACAAAAAAUUCGAGAUUUCUUUGCUUCGGAUGUCGGACGAAAUUCGGUUGUCGA